AUGGCAGAAAGUGGAGAUGCCGAUCCGCGUGCGUGGUUUGACCCAGCUACAAUAAGCCAACUUGCUCCAGGUGCAGCACCUUGGAUGAAUCCUCAGACGUCGCAACGCGAAGGGCUUCAGAUUGAGGCGAAAGAUGAUCAAGAAGAACAGAAUCUUGGUGCUGCAGAUGCAGACGCUGAAAUUUUCAUCGACAAUACUAGCAGCAAGAGGUUGUCGAUCGGUGGAGCAGAUGCAGGAGAUAAUGUGUUGCUUCCCACUGUGAGCGUCACAGAUCAUGAUCUGGCUGCUGGAAGAGUUUCGAUCGGAGUUCAUGAUGAUGAUGAUGAUGAUGACUAUGAAUUCUAUCGUGGUGCGUUGGAGACCGAGGUUGCCCAAGGUGGUGGAUUUGAGUUCAAUCCCGAACAAAGAAUGAGCGAAGCUUCGUUAUUGGGUGAACAAGAGGCGAUUACGCCUGUGGCUGCAGAUUUAGCUGAAGGUGG